AUGGACAAAGUACUUCUCAUAUUGCUAUCCAUUCUCAUUGGAUUUAUUCUUCUACUCAUCCAGUUCUUUCUCCAAUCAGGCGGAUUGAACGCUAUAAAAUUUUCAUCAAAGAACAAGUCGCCAUAUUACAAACCAAGUUUCAUUAUAUGCGGACCUAACAACAGCGGCAAAACCGCCCUCUUUUAUCGUCUCGCUACUGCAGAAAGUAGUGAACAACAACAACAACAAGAAGACGACGAAGGGGAAGAGGAACAGGACCAAAAGAAGGGCCGUGCAAAGAUCACAACCACGGUUUCUUCAAUUGAACCUAAUUUCGGCACUGUGACAUUGCCCAUUACGACUCCAAGUAUAAGCAAACCAUUCCAAUUGGUAGAUUACCCGGGCCACUUGAAGUACUGGAACUUGUUUACGAAAUUGAUCAAGAACGACAUCACGUUAUCCAACAUCAAGGGGAUUGUCGUUGUGAUUGACUCGAGCAGCGCCAAUUGGACCAAGGGAAGCACAAAUGCCAACACCAAAUCUGGUAGUGGCAGUACUAGUGCUACUAGCUCUGCUGGAGCUGAAGUUGAGAAAUUGACCAAGUUUUUGUACAACUUGCUCGCCAUCACCGAACGCAAACAAAAUGGAAUCGAUUUCCUCUUUGCCGUCAACAAAUCAGACUUGUUUGACUCGGUACCCACGCAUAAAAUAAGAUCGACUUUGGAAGUGGAGAUUGAUAAAUUGAUCCAUAAUGAGAUCAACAAUGUCGACAAGACGUCAGGAAUUGACGCGAUUGGAGAAGACGUGGAUGAGGGAGCCAAUGAUGGUAGCAAUGGAGGUGAAUAUGGCAGUGGCAGUGGCAGUGGUGCAGGUUCUGGUGCAGGUGCUGGUGGGUAUAGAGAAAACAUGCGUGAGUUUUGGUUGAGCAUCAUCGGGUCCAGUGAAGGACAAUUUACAUUUGAUAAGUUGGAAGGUAAUAUGGAUUUCUUGAGUGGCAGUGUGUUGAAGAACAAGAUUGACAAGUGGGAGUCGUGGUUUGAUGAAAAAGUCGUCAACUCGUGA